GUAACACUGUAAGUUUUACAGUGUAAGUGAAUAAUUAUAAAUUUAACACACUGAAUUGUAAUGGAAUAAUGGUUUUUAAUUCAUGACACUUGACUUAAAUAUGAUUUUUGGACUUGACUAAGGGUUGAGCAUGAUGCGGUUUUGGUUGCUUUAGUUGGUAAUCCCUGACAAAAAUUAAUUAGCUUAGGUUUAAGAGUAAGGCUUUGAUAUUGAUUGCAUUUUCAUUUGAUUUUGUCCAUCAGGAAAGUGUACCUGUGCUUUUUCAUUGAGCCACAAAUGCACCAGCUUAAACAUAAUUUUUAAAAUUUUAUUGACGGUACUGGGGUAAUCUUAUUUAAAAUGAUAGAAAUAUAUCAUAGUCAUAGACUUUGCUUUUUAAAUGUACAGCCUUCAUUUUAUUGCUUGAAUGAAAAAAAACAACAUUUGGCUAUACUUUCGACUUGGUUGCUGGCAGUUCACUGCUGUUCAGUGAUGUUUGUUUAUUUAUAUUCUUCUGUAGGCCUAUGCCUAAAUUUUAAAAAAAAUAACCUCUUCAAUUCAAAUAGUUCACCACAAUAAUAGGCUUAGGAGUCAAGUAUUAAAAAGUAAAUGGUACUGAAAAUAUUGUUGAAAAUAUUGUUAAAAAAUUAUUUAAAAAUUAUUUAAUCAUUUGCAAUUCUGACUUUAAUUUCACCACUAGCUCUUGAAGACAAUGGGGGAUAAAAAUCUAUACUCUAAAUUGUUGGUGGAUGUAGUGAUUGGACCCACACUUGAUAAGGUGAGAUUUGUGCUAUUUAAAUGUCCCUAAGUUAAUGUAAUCUGAGACUGGGACUUAAAGAGUUUAAGUGUGAUUGGAUUGUUAAUGAUUUAAUUCAUGAACACCUUUAAGCAACUUUAUGAUCAACUUAAACAAUUUUGUUAAAACCAGGUUUUAAAAUGUGAUUGCUUUUUAUUCUUAUCAGGUCUAGCAGUAUGUAACAGUAUUGAUUUUUAUAGUCUAUUUCAGAUGUAUCUUCAACGAUAACAUUCUUACUAUUACUUUCUACAUUAAUUUUAAUAAAUUCAACAUCGAUCUGUUUUAUUGUUUUAUCAUCUAAACUUGCUAGUAUAAUAAGUUUAGCGGCUUGUUACAAAAGAGCUUGGAAAGCAAUGCUGAACUUUGAACUCUCAUCACAUUUUAACUAAAGAGGAUAAAAACAUACAGAUUUUCUCUUUAAAAAAAGAGUUUCAAUUGCAAGUGCAGCAGUAAAUUUAAUGAAAUGAAUGUGUGGUAACUUAGUUGCUAGGCGGCCUUAAAGAGCAUUAUUUGUGAAUAUCUGCCUGCCAUGCCACAUCCUGGCAUUGUAGACAGGCAUUUGUGAGGAUUUGAUGGUCAAUUAUGGCAUUAGAGGGUUAAAGUAUUUUUUAACUAUUUGCAUGGUUUAAUUGUUUUAUUUCACACUUACAAUUUAAUAAUUCAUACAUGUAAUUUAAUUGAGUGUCCUCAAUUAUCGGUGUUAAUUUGUAAUUAAUGUGCAACUUUAUUUAAUUAUUUUUUUAAAAAUUAUGUUUAGUGUAAACGUACAAGCUUUCAAAAUCAUUCAUACAUUAUAUUUUUCAUUUUCAGCUCGAAAAAAAAGAUAUAUCAUCAGCACAAACAUUAAGGAGAGCUAUUUCUAAGGUUUUAUGUUGGAUUAUUCUAUAAUUUAUUAUUUCUUGAAUAUGCUUUUAAACACUAUGUGUUACCAAACAUAAAAAACAGUAUAGUCCUAACAUAUACGAUUUACGAAGCAAUCAAUGUUGGUUGCUGCACCAGCUGUGCGAAUGUACAGAUUAUCAUUUCAUGUUUAACUGAACCACCAAUUAAAACCUUACACAAUGGUUUUUUUUUUAACCAAUGAAAACUUAAUCAUUAUGAAAAUUUUAUUCCACAGGCAGAGACAACUAUACCUGGUUUGACUUUUGAUCUUGUGAAAGGCUUACUUAAGAAGGGGGAAGCAGCCGAUAGAUUGGAUAUGUGUGAAACAUUGUUGAGACUUGGGGGUACAAACGAUUCUGAAGGUAAGCACAGGGGCUUCCAAAGAAAAAAAUUUAGUGUUUACAGAAAUUCUAUUGUGAAAGAUGUUAAAUGAUAAUCAGAUUUUCAAUUAACGGUUUUGAAAAAGAUUACUGUUGUUUUGUUUCUUGCCGAAAAGUGUAAAAUCUUAUUGAUUAUGACAGUGACAGGAAAAUAAUUUUAAAAAUAAGUAAAAAGUUAAGUGGCCUAUUAAACUUGAAAAUAUAAAGUUACUGAUGCCUAUUUCUGAUCAAGCUUUUCAGUCUUCGCUGAUCUUUAAUGAAAAUUCUUAAUGUAUUUCUGUUAUUAUCUUAAUCCAUAAACAGUUAAAAGUUAUUUACCUACACAUUUUACCCAGCCUGGGGAAUAGGCCACUUGCAAGUGUUCCCAUUCACCUUGAUCAUGUGGUUUCAUUUCCAAAUGUGUACAGUUGGUCUGCCUCAAGCUCAUAUCUCCAUGAACUCUUUGGCCUUCCAUUUUUCCCUUUUUUUAUUCUCAUAUUUUCUUCAAAAGCUCAAAUGCUGACCUAGCCUUUCCAAUUCUAUCCCUAACACCUGUUUCUGAUCCACUUAUCAUGUCAAGAGUACUAUUACCCAAGUAGGUCAAGGCCUCCCUCUUUCACCGCAUAUUUUUUGUUUUUAAUACACAAUUUUCAGCUAGUCCAAGUGUGCAGCAAUGUUAAUCCUUACUAAGUGGAUAUAUGAAACUCUCAGUGACAACAUUUAAAUUAUUUCAUUGGUUUAACUUGUCCUAAGAAGGCUCAGGACUACGUCUUAUCGGUACAUACAAUAAGGCACAUUACCAGAUUACAUAAAUCAUUUUUUUUUUUUUUUUUAAAUGCAAUCUAAUCGGCUAAUUUUGAUCUAGUAUUUUAAUUUUUCCAGAACUUAGAAUUCCACGCCCUGAACCUGCAUUUAAAACAUUUUUCAAGUGUGCCUGUGAUCUGAAAUUGUUACGUCUUAUCGGUACCUUCAAUAAGGCACAUUUCCUGAUUACAUAAAUCAUUUUUUUUUUUUUUUUAAAUGCAAUCUAAUCGGCUAAUUUUGAUCUAGUAUGUUAAUCUUUCCAGAACUUAGAAUUCCACGCCCUGAACCUGCAUUUAAAACAUUGUUCAAGUGUGCCUGUGAUCUGAAAUUGAUUCUCAGCCGUAUUCCCGAUCAGAUCUACGACAGGAAGCAGUUUCUUGAAACCAUCAAGUAAGAAAUUAACCCUGGGAAAUAGUCUUGUUCUUGUUAAAACUUAUAAUCAACUGUUAAAAAGUACAAAUGUAUUUCAUCUUUUAUUUCUUGAAUGACAACUGUGCUAUAUUGUGCAGUAAAAAUUGUAUGAAGUGGCAAACCUAGGAGGUGCAAAGUGGGAUUUAGGGCUAUGUUUAACAUUGCAUAAAUGAUGUGAAGCGCAUAUGUUAGAGGGCUCUAUUUAAAGAGCUCACCAAGGGUGGCAUUUACUCAAGGUACAUAUCUGGUUUUCAGGAUUAAUGUAUUUUGAUUUUUUGUUGUUGUUUUAAAUAAAGACAAAAGGGAAUGUAAGAAAAUGUAGCAUAUUGUUUAGUCAGCUUCGAACUUUUCCUCCCUAUUAUAUAAUUGAACUAACUAAAGCACAUAUUCUGGUGAGGGGUCUGAGACUACUGCCUGAUGUCCCCGGCUAGUACAUUGGCUACCAGCUCCAUCUGCUGAGCUGAGCCAUAUAACAUUCUCCUCACAUAGGGUUCUCCCCUGGCCUCCCCCAAAACUUCUAGUGAGGGACAUUCUAUUUCUAUCAACAGAUUUAACAAAACCAAUAGAAGCGAGAUUUUUUUUUUAAUAGUUGAAAAAAUUCCAAAAAUUGAAUGGUAAUUUAUUUAAUAUUUUAAACGUGAUAAAUGGAACAUCAUUACCGUGCUUAUUUAAUAUGUCCUUUAAUGAGAUUAAAUUUUUUUGGGUCCUUUCUCAGGGAAAUAGCCAGUUCAAUAAAAAUACUUUUAGAUGCUGUUAACCGCGUCAUCAAUGAUAUACCACCUUCGGAUGGUGCAAGUAAACAGGUAAAGUUUACACUAAGAUUUCAUUACCACGUUUUAUUUGAAAUAUCAAAAAGGAUACUGACUUAAAAAUUAUUAAUUAUAGUUUGUGUCUGGCCGUGUCAAUAAAAUGAUGCUUCAAUUGGAGGCAGUGUAGCAGUCAAGUAGUACUUAAUGGAAUCUGCAAUCAUAAUGGAGGCAUUGUAGCAGUCAAGUGGUACUUAAUGGAACCUGCAAUCAUAAUGGAGGCAGUGUAGCAGUCAAGUGGCACUUAAUGGAACCUGCAAUCAUAAUUGAGGCAUUGUAGCAGUCAAGUGGUACUUAAUGAUAAUGGGACCUGCAAUCAUAAUUCAGGCAGUGUAGCAGUCAAGUGGUACUUAAUGGAACCUGCAAUUGUAAAAUUUGGGUGGAUGCUCGCUUUAAAAAUGUUUCUUGUCACUUCAAAUUGGUAGUAAAAAAAAAAAUGUGGCAGCAUACAUUAUGUUUAAACAGAUUGAGUUUAACAAAAAUGCAGACAUGUAUAGAAAAUAAAUCUACAUUUUUUAAUCUUAAUUAAUAUGGAGAGUUGGUAUUUACGAAGUGUCUGUGACAGUUUUACUCUUUGUUACUUCUCUGUGAAAGUUUUACUUUUUGAUUCUUCUCUGUGACAGUUUUACUCUUUUUUUCUUCUUUGUGACAGUUUUACUCUUUGUUACUUCUCUGCGACAGUUUUACUCUUUGUUACUUCUCAAUAUUUAAAAACAAUAAUAAAUAUUUCUGCCUGAAUUCUAAUAUAAUUUGUUGUGGUUCCAAUAUUUUUUGUUCUUUUAAAUCCCAUUUUUUUCUUUCUCUUCUUUAGAUUUUAGAGGAGAGAAAGAAAGAGUUUGUUCGAUUUUCCAAGAAAUUCAGCAACACAUUGAAGGAGUACUUUAGAGACACAAACCAGUAAGCAAAAUGUUGUAGAAGAAUUAAAAUCCAUACUUAAAAUGGAUAAAUCUUGCCUAAUAGUUGCAGGGUAAACUUUGUCAGUCUUAAAAGCAGCAUGAAUUAGAGUUUAAAAUUUUUUUUUUUUUUUUACAACUCAGUCAAUGAGUAUUAAACAAAGUUAGAUUUGAAUCCCUCCUUUAAAUUUAUUUGUAAUGUUUAUAUAUAUUGUAUAUAAUUUUCAUUUUUUUAUGUAGGCGUUUAUGUUUCAAUAUAAACGUUAGCUCAUGGUGUGUUGCAUCUUUUCAAAUUAAGCAAUGACUUGAUAAUACUAUCACAUUCAACUACCCAACGACUGCCUCUUCCUCUUUGCUAAGAAGCAACAAGGUCCAAAGAACACCACACAGUACUUUAUUAUAUAUUAAAUACAUCACAUAACUCCUUGACAUUAGAAUGAUAUUAUAGUAACAAUAACAGUGGCGAUAUGAAGAAUAUGAGUGAACACUCGUUCAAUGCUUUUUCUAAUUAUUAAUUCAGUAAUUCCAUGAGAAAAACUCCAACAUGUCAUCCUCUCACAAAAUUAAUCCAUUGGCUCCUGCACUACUCUAUAAAACAUGAAUUCUCCCUACGCUAUGAAAACUAGUCCCCCUUUUUCUCGUGUUUUACUUCAUUAUCAUCAAAUCACAACACUGUUGUGCCAUAAGAAUAAAUAUUAGUGUCGUGUGAAAAAUCUGUGUCAUUUGUAUGACUAACACGGUCUGUUACAUUAAAUAUUAGUGUCAUGUGAAAAAUCGGUCAUUUGCAUGAUUAACACAGUCUGUAACAGUAUUAUUUGAAACUUUAUAUUUGCUUAAUUACAUAAUGUAAGUAAGAUGAAGAAAACAAAAAAAAUAUUGCAAAAAUGCACUGUAAUGUUUUAUUUAUUUAUUGGCCAAUACACUUAAUAUAUCAUAACAUCACCCAAGCUUCAUAUUGAAAUCUUAUUCCAGGAACCACAAUGUCUUUUUGAGUGCCAACAAUUUGAUACACCAGACCAACCUAAUAUUGAAGACAGUCAAACAGGAGUGCUGUUGAUUUCUAGGCCCCAAAGAAACUUGACCCCUAACUUCCAGACAAGGCAAGCAGAUUGGUGACUUGAGCAAUUUAGUUAGAAAGCCUUAUUAUUAAGCAUAUGUCUUUUAUAUUUUCAUUUAUUAUUGAGCCCCGCUAACCUCAGCUUUAAUGAAGCAGAGCAAAUUAUUCAUAUUAGAAUGGCCAAAAAAUAUCAUUUUGUUAAAAAACUUAUCCAGUAGAAUCUCUUCGCACCUUGUGAAACAGACGUUUAAUAAAAAUAUAAAAAAGAUUACAAUUGAUUGUUUCGUAAUGCAAAAAUCAGGGACAUUGUACCUGAUAGGAUUUGAUUGUUUCGUAAUGCAAAGAUCAGGGACAUUGUACCUGAGAGGAUUGUCAUCUUCAAGUAGUUUAGAAUGGUAAAAUAGGGGCAGAUGGUUAAAUUUGUAUUCUGACAUAUUUGUGUUGGAACAUGUGUCUUUAUAAUCAUGCUCCUCUCUGUUAGUCCCAUACUCUAAGCUUUUAAGUUCUCUAUUUAUUCUUAUUAACUACAAUGAGAAUGUGUGUGUGUAUAUAUAUAUAUAUAUAUAUUUAGUCUACAUCUGUAGAGCUAAUGCUGCAACUGCAGGCUAAAUGUGCAACAAAUACAUAGAGAACUAAAGUGUUAUAAAAUUUGACUGAGACCUACUGUGUGAAGUAAAAUCUGCAUGCACUGGUUUGAUGAGGCGCAACCUUGUUGUCAUUUAAUAUGAAUACCAAUGUGAUUUGUGAAAAAUUCUUUUUAUACUCUGUUGAUAAAACAUUCCCUAAUAAUAAAACAACAACAUAAGAUCUGUAUGGGGCCUUCUUUUCUGGACACCAUGAAUGACGAAAAUAUUACCAAAAAUGAACAGAAGCGGUUUAUUCUAGUUCUACUUAGCCAUUAAUCAUUGUCAAAUUUUAUUUUGCUUUUACAUUAAGCUGUUUGUUUUAACUGGAUUAGCUAUUUUAAGACAGCAUUAGAUCUGUCCUUAAACUUUAACUUAUAUUGGUGUAGGAGAAAGGGAUUUGUGUAGACCAGUACUUCUCAAAGCAUGGGUCAACAGAUUGGCACCAAAAAAGAAGUGACAUGUUUUAAGAUAUGAACUUUUGCUGGUCCGU